CAGUUCAUAGCAGCCCUAACCACCAACAUGAACGCUAAGAUCCUCGUCCUCCUUGGCCUGGUCGCCGUCGUGGCAGCCGACAGUAGGGAGACUUACGCUUACCGCGCUCCUCAGGCAUCUUCUGAGGAAUCCUUCGAGUCCUACGAGUCCACCGAGGCCAAGUACGACUUCAACUGGGCCGUCAGCGAUGACUCCUCAAGCAACGAGUUCGGACACCAGGAGGCCCGUGACGGCGACCACACUCAGGGAUCCUACUACGUGCAUCUCCCCGACGGCCGCCUGCAGAAGGUGACCUACUACGUGGACGGCGACUCCGGCUACGUGGCCGAGGUCAGCUACGAGGGCGAGGCUCGCUAUGACUCCGUCGAAUCAUCCGAAUCUGUCGAGUCUGCGGAAUACAGACCACGAUACUUCUACGACUCUAACGAAUCAAAGUAACUGCCUCAAUAAGACACAUUUAUAGUCCGGGUAUUAUUCCAAAAGUAGGUAAAGAUGUGACACUGACUUCCUCAUGUUUCACAUUUUCAUAUCUACUGAACCUCAUGAGUUAUGGCUGUAAAAGUCUGCAACUCCAACAAACCAAAUGAAAAUGGUGGUUUGGUGCAAUCUAAGCCACCAAAACCCCCCCUUUUUUUAACAAAGACAAAAAAUGUAAAAAAUAUUUAUUUCUCUUCCAGAUUUAUAUUCAGAUUAUUUAUAACCAUAUCAAUAAAUGAAUAUAGCAAGAA